UGAGCGACUGAGUGGGAGAGAGAGAGAGACGCCAAGUGUCCCCUCUACCGUGGAUUGACGCUGGCGCAGUCGAGCACCACGGAAUGAGCGACCAGUUGUCAGUGAGCGACGAGCUCCUUUAGUGUUUGGGUGUCGUGUAGUUGCGACUUCGUGUGCAUCCACGUGCCGACGAAAAGGAUCUCGAUACCAAGCUCACUAGGAGAUAGUGGCUUUGGCUGGACACACUCUUAACGCUAUUGUUUGACAUUGCACAUUAACUAGAAGUUAUUGUCGAGACGUCUGGGUCAGUGAUGGAGCCCUAGUACCGGGGCACCCCCGUCCAUUCGCGAUGAAAUUUCGGAAUUCGAAGCUAUGCAUCGGCUAUCGUCGAAGGCGAUCCCGUAGCAGCAGCAGCAGCAGCAGCAGCAGCAGCAGCAGCAGCAUCAGUAACAACGUCAACGACAGCGACAACGGCUGCGAGCGCUAAAAUAAUUUCGUAUCUGUGGUAGAGCGCACAAGCCGAUAACGCGGCGACGUAUCGCUGUCCCGUCGGAUCGCAACCGCAUGCGAAACUCUGGCCGAGGCAUCAUGCCCCUCGUCUCGUCCCGCGCUUAUUCCGCAGACGAGCAGAGCCGAGCCGCGAGGCCACCGCCGGAUAUUCCGAAAUAGCCAUGAGAUAGGCCGUGACCGGCCUCGCGCCAACAACCACUCCUUCCUUAAGAAACUCGGACGCCGAUUCGAUCAGGCCCCCAGAGUCGCAGCAUCGUCCACUGAGCGAGAGAGUCCGGGUUGGUAAUAUAGAGGCAGGCAUGAGCUACCGUGGGCAGUCAUGGAGAACAGCACCGCUGACCCGAGUUUUUGCUGCAGCGGCCGAGGCGCGAGUGCACGAAACCCCAGUGCGGCCCGCCCGCCGGCUCAAGGUCAAGUGCUCUCCGCCCCCGGAGGAGCCGAAGCCGAGAUGCGGAGGCUCGGGGGCAACGGAGGCAACGACGGAAUCUCAAUUACCUCCAGCGGAACGACUUCGAGGCCCGAGCACUGACCACGGCCUCAGGAUGGAGGUCAUGGCGUCGCUCUUCAAGCGUUUCGUCAGGAUGAAGGAGCGGCUGGUCAUCGGUCUCGCGGCCUUCACCAUCGCCUUCACCAUCCUCAUCGUCAUGGACUUGCAGCUCGAUCUCGGCUACAGUGGUCACCACCUCCUCCCCAGUCACGGCAGGUUAAAAAUGGCCGAGGACCCACAGCGCGACACUGUUUAUAACAAUUUCAGGCGAAAGUUCCUUCAGCGUCUUAACACUAGUAAGGAGAUAAUCUCGGGCUCAGGAUCGGAGCCGACGAGCGUCACUCCGACAGCAGUCGAGAUAGCUAAGAACUCGAGACUCCGGACGACUUCCUCGAGCCACUCGCACGACGACUUUGCCGACCUUCGGGAAUACGUAGAGUUAGCAGAGGGUGUUGCCGUCGAGAGUAGCAUCGUGCGUCCAAGCGCCGAAAGCUCAGAGGACAAUCCAACGAUCGCCGAGGUCAAACAUUUGAAGCUGGGGUCAAACAGUACUCUGUUAGAGAAAUUCCAUUUGCAGAUUCGGCGACAGGAACUGUAUCCAAAAGGCUCACAACUAGUCGAAGAUUUGCUGCACUUUAUGGCAAUACAGCCAAUCUAUCAUGCUUCCGAAAAAUCCGGCGGUACGCAACUCAAGCUCGUCAUCGACUAUACCAACAAGAUGCAAGCGCUUUUCAAGCCCAUGAGAUUUCCUCGAGAACAGCAGACACUCCCCAAUCAUUUCUACUUCACGGACUAUGAGCGUCAUAACGCUGAGAUCGCGGCUUUCCAUCUUGACAGGUUAUUGGGCUUCCGGAGGUGUAUGCCGGUAACGGGUCGCUUGCUAAACAUGACGACGGAGAUAUAUCAAGUGACAGACAGCGACAUCCUUAAGACGUUCUUCGUGAGUCCUGCUGGUAACCUUUGCUUUCACGGCAAGUGCAGUUACUACUGUGACACUGGUCAUGCAAUAUGCGGGUCGCCGGACACCCUUGAAGGCAGCUUCGCGGCCUUCCUUCCGAGCAAGAGCGCAAUACCGCGAAAGGUUUGGCGACACCCUUGGAGAAGGAGCUAUCACAAGCGGCUUAAGGCUCAGUGGGAGACAGAGUCGGACUAUUGCAAUCUCGUGAAGGAACUGCCACCGUACAACGAGGGCAGGCGGCUCCUCGACAUAAUCGACAUGUCGAUAUUUGAUUUUCUCACGGGUAAUAUGGACCGCCAUCAUUACGAAACGUUCAAGAUAUUUGGCAACGAGACAUUCACCCUACACUUGGAUAACGGACGUGGAUUCGGCAAACCCUUCCACGACGAAAUCAGUUGUCUAUCGCCGCUCCUGCAGUGCUGUAUCAUUCGACAAACUACAUUGGAUACCUUAUUGACGUAUCAUAAUGGUCCGAUAAAACUCAGCAGUGCAAUGCGCAAUAGUUUGGCGAAGGAUCCACUGGCGCCGAUCUUGUGGGAGCCGCAUUUACAGGCCUUAGAUCGCCGAAUUCCUAUUGUAUUACAGGCUGUGCGGGAUUGCAUCAAUCGUAACGCCGAAUGGAGUAAAAUUUUAAAAUCUGAAAAGGAAGAGACAAGCGAUACUGUUCCCUUAAAUAAUUGAACAAUUGAAGGCUUCUUCCUUUACAAAAAAUACUUGAUGUAGUUAUUGUUUAGGUCUUACAACGAUAGACUUUCUUUUAAUUUUAAUCUGCAUAAUUUUUUACUAAAUAAUGAUGAACCAAAGCUUUGAAUGGAAGUACGGUGCUUUUUGUUAUAAAAAGUACAAAAUGCUGCGUGUUUUUUCAGAAUGUUAUUGAUGUGAUUAUGUAAAUUAUUAUGUACAUUUUAAAAGUGUAAAGUUUAAGAUAAGUGUUGGACAAUUUUUACUGUCGGUAAUAAAUUGUAUAUAAAAUUCUGUAUAAAGAUAC